GACUAUAAAUAAUGUCGGUAGCGUCUCAAUUUCCGUCAGUUUAAAUUGAACAGUUCGUUUAACUAUUUCGCAAUGCAGAUCGGUUUCUUGCUAUCCCUAUUCCUGACUGUGCUUUGCAUAUGUCAUGGUAAAGACGUAAUUAAAGAAUGUCAAGAAGAAUAUGAAGUAACUGAAGCUGAAGUGGACCCCAUAUCAAAGAAAGCACCCAUAGAAAGUUUGUCACUCAUACUGAAGUGUUAUGCCAAGUGCACCAUAUCUCAUCUCUUGGGAGAUGAUGGAAAACUUGUCGUGGAUCGUGUUGAUAAACAGAAAGGUUUGAAGUGCAGGAUACGUUAUGAUAACUUAGUUAUCACUAAUGAGGAGGUGUUAUGCGAUUAUGGUGCUAAAAUUCUGUAUUGCUUGAAUGAAUAACUGGCAUUCUAUAAUUUUUCCAACAAUUUAAUUGAAAUAAAACAACUUCAUGUGAUUAAAUUGUCAAA